UUGCGUAUGAAAACUGGCAUUCGAGUAUGGCUACAUAUAUAUAUUGCUUUCGCCAAAAGGCGUCUGUAGCGCUCGCAAAGCGAGGUUAAGUUAAGGUAUACGAAGGUAUAUUCGAGGUAUAUUCGGAACUACUUGCCUCUCUGACCUUCUCGAUACGUUAGAGGGCGAGGUGCCGUUCGAGGGACAAGAAAGCAGUUAAGGAAGGAUCAGGAUGUUGCUUAUCGACGAUAGAAAGGGGAGGGGCCACCAACGGAGCCCUUCCGAUAGUCAGGCGUUUCGGGAAAGGACGAAAAGGGACGCACAAAAUGAACUCCACGAGGAACUUUUGCGGCUCAAGUCGACGGCGCCGCUCAAGGAUCAGGAACUCAUCGGCCGCGAGCUCGAGGGAUUCGAGAGACUUUUUGAGAGAUUCCUUAAGGAAGAGGGCCCUCCCUUCAACUGGGAUCACAUCGAGAAAUUACCACCAGAAGCGGUGCAGGAUUAUGAUACUUUAUCUGUCCCGAAGGCUGAACUAAUUAAGGACAUGUUGAAUAAACUGAUAGUGGUGAAACUGAAUGGAGGUCUUGGGACUACUAUGGGUUGUCAUGGACCGAAAUCUGUUAUCACCGUCCGCAAUGAUCUGACUUUCCUGGAUCUCACCGUGCAGCAAAUCGAACACUUGAACAAAACCUACAACGCAAACGUCCCACUGAUCCUGAUGAAUUCUUUCAACACCGACGAAGAUACGAAACGGGUCAUCAGGAAAUAUAAAACGAUCGAUGUGCAGAUUUACACGUUCAAUCAGAGCUGCUAUCCGCGCUUUGAUCGGGAGUCACUUCUACCUAUUGCUAAAACUUACGAUGUGCACGGAGACAUCGAGGCGUGGUAUCCACCAGGACACGGUGACUUCUACGAGAGUUUUCAAAAUUCUGGACUGUUAGAUCAAUUUAUACAAGAGGGUCGUCAAUAUUGUUUCAUCUCUAAUGUCGAUAAUUUGGGAGCGACCGUUGACCUGGGCAUCUUAAACUUAUUAAUGUCACCACCCAAUAACAGCUCUCCUGAAUUCGUCAUGGAAGUGACGAGUAAGACGAGAGCUGACGUAAAGGGUGGCACCUUAAUUCAAUAUGAAAAGAAACUGCGACUUCUCGAGAUCGCGCAGGUACCUGUGGAACACGUGGAUGACUUCAAGUCCGUGAAGACUUUCCAAUUUUUCAAUACAAAUAAUUUAUGGAUCAAGCUUGAUGCCAUUAAAAGGGUACUCGAUGAGAGGACACUUAAUAUGGAAAUUAUUGUCAACUAUAAAAAUUUCCCUGGAGGAGUAAAUGUCAUUCAGUUAGAGACUGCAGUUGGAGCAGCCAUGAAAUCGUUUGAGGCUAGUUUGGGUAUCAAAGUACCACGUAGUAGAUUCUUGCCAGUGAAAAAGACGUCAGAUCUGUUGCUGGUUAUGAGCAACCUUUACAGUUUGCGCAAUGGAUCAUUGGUAAUGAGUCCUCAACGCAUGUUCGCCACAACGCCCAUCGUUAAGUUCGGCGACCUUCAUUUCUCUAAGGUGAAGGAAUUCCUAGCGAGAUUUGGUACCGUUCCUGAUAUUCUGGAGUUGGAUCAUUUGACAGUGUCAGGUGAUGUCACGUUCGGGAAAAGGGUUUCUUUGAAGGGUACCGUCAUCAUCAUUGCCAAUCAUGGCGAACGUAUAGAUCUGCCCUCGGGUAGCAUCUUAGAGAACAAAAUAGUAUCUGGUAAUCUUCGUAUUUUGGAUCACUGAACGAUUACAAAGCACUUCGACUUCUUUUAUAAAAUGUACCACUGGCCAAUAAUCGAAAAAUGUGCGAAGGGCUGCACAAUUACUCUACGGUGGAAAAUGAGUCCUCAACGCACAAGCGUGUAACUUUAAAAGUACUCUAUAUAAGGUUCUUAGUCCAGUCGCUUUAAUCAUGUAACUAUAGUAUAAACACGGUAUGAGUUUUUCACGAUUUUCUUCCAAUGUGAUAUAUCAUGACGAAGGUCUUGUUUAAUAUCGCUGGGUCCAAGAAAAAUAAACUCUCCAUCCUCUUG